AAACUGCCUUCCCUCGAUUUUCAUUUUCCUCUGUUCCUCUCUCGCUCUCUCUCUUCCCUUUUGUCUCCUACCGUCUCUUCUCUCUCUGUCUCUGCUUUUCUACUGGCGGCUUCAGAAACGUCCUCCCCUCAUUAUUUAUUUUUCGGUUUCGAGCACUUCUUUCGAAGAGGCAAAGAAAGAGAGUGCCUUCCCUUUACCUCCUCGCCCACUUACAAGUUUCAGGCGACACCUGCUGUGGCUAUCGUCUAACUUCUCUCAUCUUUCCUGAACCUUCACACCUCUUUCUUUUUCUCUUUGCUGUUCAGCUCCCAUUUUGACUCUAGUACAGGACCCAUCUCUUCUUUCUUCCUUGUUGGUACCUCUGAUGCGCUAGAGAAAUGCUCUGCCUCAGCGUUUCCGCCAAGACCCACUACCCGAAUGUGCAUCUCGCCGCUCGUUUCUCCGUCGGAGAUGGGGGUAGGAGGCUCCCUAUGCAGCUCUCCACUCGGUCCCUUGUUAAAUGCAUGGCUGUUUCCACUGUUUCUGUUGGCUCGGAUGAUGCCUUGAAAUUCGUCGAAGCUUCAAAAAAUGGGAACGUUCUGCCUCUCUAUAGAUGCAUAUUCUCUGAUCAUCUCAACCCAGUUCUUGCCUACCGUUGUUUAGUGAAGGAAGACGAUCGUGAGGCUCCUAGCUUUCUGUUUGAGUCCGUCGAUCAGGGAUACAAGGGAACAAAUGUAGGGAGGUACAGUGUUAUUGGGGCACAACCAACAUUAGAGAUUGUUGCCAAGGAGAACCUCGUAUCCAUAUUGGACCAUAGAAUGGGGAAAAGAACAGAAGAGUUUGUUGAAGAUCCAAUGGUGAUACCAAGAAGAAUUAUGGACAAGUGGAAGCCCCAAUUGACCGAUGGACUACCCGAUGCUUUUUGUGGUGGUUGGGUUGGGUUUUUUUCGUAUGAUACCAUUCGCUAUGUAGAGAAAAAGAAGAUUCCCUUUUCAUCUGCUCCCAAAGAUGACAGAAACCUUCCAGAUUUGCACCUGGGACUUUACGAUGAUGUCAUAGUGUUUGAUCAUGUGGAGAAGAAAGCAUUUGUGAUCCAUUGGGUUCGCCUAGACCAAUAUGCCACAGCAGAGGAGGCCUAUGAGGAUGGGAAGAAGUGCUUAGAUAUUCUAUUAUCCAGGGUGCAAGAUGUUGACACGCCCAUGCUGUCUGCAGGCUCUGUGAAAGCAUACGAUCACCUUUUUGACACUUCAUUGAAAGCAUCAAGCAUGACAAGUGAAAGGUACAAGAAAGCUGUCUUGCAGGCAAAAGAACAUAUAUUAGCCGGAGAUAUUUUUCAAAUUGUUUUGAGCCAACGGUUUGAGCGGAGGACAUUUGCAGACCCAUUUGAAGUAUAUCGAGCAUUAAGGAUGGUGAAUCCAAGUCCAUAUAUGACAUAUUUGCAAGCAAGGGGCUGCAUACUAGUAGCUUCAAGCCCUGAAAUUCUCACUCGUGUUAAGAAGAAUAAAAUUAUCAAUAGGCCAUUAGCAGGGACUGCUAGAAGAGGCAAGACAGAGGAGGAAGAUGAGAUGCUAGAACAUCAACUAUUGAAUGAUGCAAAACAAUGUGCUGAGCACAUUAUGCUGGUUGAUCUGGGAAGGAAUGAUGUUGGAAAGGUAUCCAAACCAGGAUCAGUGAAGGUGGAACGACUCAUGAACAUCGAAAGAUAUUCCCAUGUGAUGCACAUCAGUUCAACGGUGACUGGAGAGCUGCUUGAUGGUCUCUCUUGCUGGGACGUUCUGCGUGCUGCGCUCCCUGUUGGUACCGUUAGUGGUGCUCCUAAGGUGAAAGCCAUGGAGUUGAUUGACCAGUUGGAGGCAACAAGAAGGGGUCCAUAUAGCGGUGGCUUUGGUGGCGUAUCAUUUACUGGAGACAUGGAUAUUGCUUUGGCUCUUCGAACCAUUGUGUUUCCCUUAGAUUCCCGUUUUGACACAAUGUACUCUUACAAGGACGCACAAAAGCGUAGAGAAUGGAUUGCACACCUUCAGUCGGGUGCUGGCAUUGUGGCAGACAGCGACCCAGAUGAUGAACAGCGAGAAUGCGAGAACAAAGCUGCCGCCCUUGCCCGCUCAAUUGAUCUUGCUGAAGCAACUUUUGUCCAUAAAUAAGAGUGAUGUAGGCCAGAGUUCCUUUUUGUUUCUGGUUUGUUGAUAUUUGCGUGUUAUCUUCUUAAAGAAUAAAUGGCCUUACUAUUAUUUGCGGCCUUAGAUUUUCUUUUUGGGUGUUUGAACACCUACCAUGUUAAUUCAGGAUCACAUUGCUCACCCAGAUAAUCUAAAAGUUUGCAAUCGGAAGCAUGAAUGUCCAACUAA